AUGGGACGACGAAGUAAGGGGAAGAAGAAAUCCUCGGAAAAGUGUUCAGAAAGUAGUGAUACUCUCGACUGCGGCGAAGAGAUCUGCGAAGACAUCCACGAUUCCAGCAAUCGUUCAGAAGCGAAAAUAAGCGAAACGGAUGUUGCAAAGAACCGGGUCAUUAAUCCCAAGGCUGCUUCCGGUGCGCAACUUGCCAGAUAA